AUGAAGAUGCUGUGCCUCUUACUGGCGGCUGUGGCGGUCGCAGCCGCCACCGACAAUUCCAACCGCGCUGACUUCCUCGAAGAGGUCAAGCGCCUCGACGCACUCGGCAUGGACGACAAGGCCAAACACGGCGGCGAAGGCGACCAUACGGACAAGCCCAGCGCCAAUGACUGCGACAAGAACAAGUUCCACGAGGGCAUCGCCAACUGCGAUAAUGGGUUGAAGCCCUUGGAAAAGUACCUUGCGGAGAAGAAGAACGACGAUUCUUGUAGGCUACUGAAGAUCUAUCUGUCCUGCAUUGAAGAUUUCCAGUUGUUCUUAUCCUGCGAGAACGAUCCGGCUUCGCAUGCAGAAAUGAUCAAAGCCACGAACAUCAUCGUCAAAAAUCACCUCAACUGCUCGGAACUUGCGUUUCUCACUGCCAAUCUGACGUCAAAACUCCCUCCCCUAAACGUGGCUGCUGCUGCUAAGUUCACACAAUCGCCAUCUAAAGCCCCGUUCAUCAGCAAGAAAUGCAGCGAACGAAAGCUCAUGCGUCGGAUGGUCGAGUGCCUCAAGUCCAUGAAGGGAAACUUGGAACCGCUGCUGGAAAACAGGAAGACUAACCAGAAACUUAUUUGCGCGCAAACGGAAAACUUUAAGUCUUGUGUAAACAUUGCCUUGGGGCACACUGACUGCAAUUCGGACGAAGAAGUCUUAGACCAGACGACGCACUUCAUUGUUCACGUUCUCUACGAGCAUCGCUGGGCUUGCAAGGACGUUCCAACCAGCGAUAAAAAAUGCGAGGAGCGUUCUCUGGUACUGAAACUGAACCAAUGCGUCCGACUGCUCAACAAAACUAUUGAACCCAUUUUGGAGGACAAAGAGAACAACAAGCUAAACAUCUGCAGGGCGAGUGACAUUUUCCUACUUUGUGUCAACGAGGCCGUGUCUGAGACUUCUUGUCGCGAGGAUUCGGAAGUUAUGUUUCACGUGUCGCAUUUUGCGGACAAAAUUCUGCGUCACCACAAGUGGUCCUGCGAUCAGGGUUCUGCUCCUUCUACCAGGCCUAGGAUGGAAAACCUUCGCCAGAGACUGGACGGAAAUAGUUCUGGAAAUGUAACUGCUCCUGGCAGCAGCUUGACGCCAGUAUCGUCGAAUUCGGACAGCAAGUGUAAUUUCGAGAUGGUUCGCGCGGCAGUGGAUGUAUGCCAACAGUCAGCCUAUGAUGAUAUCAAGAAGAAAGGAAUUUCUCAACCCAAGCAUCUCUGCGUUGAGCUGCGCGUGUUCAAGGACUGUUCCAUCAAGGCGACCAAGAGAGACGGCUGCGCUAACGACAAGAAUGCCGAGACGUACGUCUACGACCGGGUGAAGGACUCCUUCUACAAGUAUCUGACCGACUGCCGGCCACUGUGGUCUGCAGCCCCCGCGUCCAGCGUCAUCAGCCUCUCUGCAUUUUCCUCUGUCGUUUUGGCAAUUGUGCUGCAACCGCGGUUCUGA